CUUCCAGAGCAGCACACCAAGUCCACCUCGUUGCCCAAACUACUGUGUGAAUGCUCUGCCCAACACAGGCAGCUUGCCCGGCUCCAGUCAUUGAGAUCCGAGAUCCGUUCCCCAAAUGAACCGAUGCCUCGCUGAAACUACCUGGAGUUUCCCGGCUUUUAUCAGCCACAUCGAAUCACCUUGUGGGGUGUAUGUUGUUGGGAACAAGACAAUCUAACACUGCGAAGAAUCUCGACACUGAAGUAUAGAUAGGGCUCGAUAAUUGCCAAUCGAGGACUGAUAGAACUUGGGACGGUAUGCUUUUACAGAAUUCAUGAUCUGGAAAUACAUAAUUGCAGCAACAACACCAUUCAAAGCGAAUGUAGUUUAAAUCUGACUAUUUUUUGGAUUUUAUUGAAAUGGAGACCCUUUUGUAGGGAAAGGGGUUUCAUUUAAAUCAGCAUUAAAAAAACAAACAACUUUAAUCAAAAGGUGUUAACGUAUUUGUGGACUCACAUUGGAAUACAGCGGGAUUGUAGCUUAUGUUUUGACUCGAAUAUAUUUGCAGUCUAAUUUGGAUAUUGUACAUUAGUGGUUUGUGGUACAUAUUCCCAAAGACAAAUUGAAAAUGCAGUUUCGAAGUGUUUUGGAUGCAAAAGUUGUGCAUGUGGAGAAGAGGAGAAACCCAUCCAAACAUUACGUCUACGUCAUCAAUGUGACAUAUUCAGAUUCAACCUCCCAUGCCAUCUACAGGAGAUACAGCACAUUUUUUGACCUCCAGAUGCAGAUCCUGGAUAAGUUUCCGAUUGAGGGAGGUCAGAAGGACCCGAAGCAGCGCAUUAUUCCUUUUCUGCCAGGUAAAAUUCUGUUCCGGCGAAGCCAUGUCAGAGAUGUUGCCAUAAAGAGACUGAAGCCGAUUGAUGAAUACUGUAGGUCACUGGUGCGGCUCCCACCCCUCAUCUCCCAGAGCGAGUACGUGCUGCGAUUCUUCGAGACCCGGCCCGAUGACCUCAACCCCCCAAAAGAGGACUAUGGCACCUCCAAACGGAAGUCAGUAUGGAUGUACAGGCUGUCAGAGAGUCCGAAGAAAGGGGCCCCAGGAGCCGACAGCUCCGAUCCCAUGGUGCUGGAGCAGUAUGUGGUGGUGGCCAACUACGAGAAACAAGAGAAUUCUGAGAUCAGCCUGCAAGCAGGGGAAGUGGUGGACGUGAUUGAGAAGAGCGAGAGUGGCUGGUGGUUUGUAAGCACAGCUGAGGAACAGGGCUGGGUCCCGGCCACAUACCUGGAUUCCCAGAAUGGAACUCGAGAUGACUUGGAGCUCAGUACUGCCAGGAGUGGAGAAGUCACUAAGAGACGCAAGGCUCACCAGAAGCGCCUGGACCGGCGAUGGACGCUGGGCGGGAUAGUCAACCGACAGCAGAGUCGAGAGGAGAAAUAUAUCACGGUGCUGCCGUACGCCAGUCAGAGCAAGGACGAGAUCGGAUUUGAGAAGGGGGUCACUGUGGAGGUCAUCCAGAGGAACCUGGAAGGGUGGUGGUAUAUCAGGCACCUUGGCAAAGAAGGCUGGGCUCCCGCAUCAUACCUGAAGAAGAUGAAGGAUGAGCUUUCCCCCCGGAAGAAGACUCUGACUGGCCCUGUGGAGAUCAUCGGGAACAUCAUGGAGAUCAGCAACCUCCUGAACAAGAAGCAGGUGAGCGAGAAGGAUGUGCAGACAGACACCGACCCGGAGGAGCCCCCAAUCACCAAGAAGGAGAUCAGCCUCCCCAUCCCCUGCGAGGACACCAGCAGCAGCAUCGCCGCCCUGCAGGACAAACAGGGCAGCAAGGCGACCCAGGGAUCCCCAGCUGUGGCCCGCAUCGCUCCUCAAAGAGCCGAGAUCGGUUCACCAAACCUAAGACAGAAGCCCCCACCAAGAAGAGAAGCCAGUCUGGGAUUCCAAUUACCAAAGCCACCAGAGCCCCCUACUGUUGAAGUAGAGUAUUACACCAUAGCCGAGUUCCAGUCCUGUAUAUCUGAUGGAAUCAGCUUCCGUGGAGGACAGAAGGCUGCAGUUAUAGAGAAGAACUCGGGCGGCUGGUGGUAUGUUCAGAUUGGGGAAAAGGAAGGCUGGGCGCCCUGUUCCUACAUCGACAAAAGAAAGAAACCCAAUCUGAACAGGAGAACCAGCACUCUGACUAGGCCAACGAUCCCUCCCCCAGCUCCACCAAUCAAAAAGCAGGAACCUGAGGAAACCGCCCCUUCCAGCUGCAACUCGCAAGGCAAAGGCCCGGAUUCCCCUCAAAAGCCUGUGUACGAGGAACCAGAGUACGACACCCCUGCCAUUGGUUGUGAUCUAGAACCUGAGCUCAGCUCUUUAAAGGGAGAUAAGCCAGCCGAGGUAAAGAAUGAAAAUGUGAUCUCUGAGAAGAGUUCCCUUCUGUCAUCCAAGCCCAGUCCUGCUUCCUCUCUUCAGAAAGCCAGAUUUAAGGUCGGCGAGCCCUAUGAGGAUGUUGCUCAGGAGGAGGAGACUAUCUACGAGAAUGAUGGCUUUAGACCUUACGAAGACACAGCCUCCAGCAAAGAAUCCAGCGGGGAUUCGGAUUCUCAGAAAAGCAACUCGCUGUCCAUGUUCCGCAAGGCCUCCUCCAGCAGAUCUUCACUUGGAAGCGGAAGAGCUACGAAAAACAUCCAGCCAGAGCUAGCAAGAAGCCAGUCGCUUCCCAAACAUGAGGAGAGCAAGCCUCGAACAGCUUCAGAUGCCAGCACUCGGGGAGCAGUGAAGACCGGGGCAUGGAAGGACGUGGAACAGAGGAUUGGUCAGAGCCCUUCCACCAAACCCAAGCCGCUGGUCAGGCCCAAACCUCUGCUUGCCAAAUCGGAGAGUCAGGGCUCAGAGAAAAUGGAUAUUAGUACCCUGAGGCGUCAGCUGCGCCGUACAGGGCAGCUCCAGCUCAAAGCAUCUAAAGGUGAGGAUUCAGAAACUGCAUCAGUGAUCUCCUCAGAAGACUCUGUAUCUUCUAGAAGCACUUCUGACCUGUCAAGCACCUAUUCCAAAGGAAGCAGAGGUGACUCAGACUUUGAGCCCAUAUACAGAACCACUGACCACUAUGAUAAGGUGCAAGAGUCUGAAAUAAGCUUUGCUGCAGGGGUGGAGGUGGAGGUUGUGGACAAGCAGGAAAGUGGGUGGUGGUACAUCCGGUGUGGAGAAGCUGAAGGAUGGGCUCCCGCAUACUUCUUGGAGCUUGUGAACAGCAAGGUAGAUGCCGCAGGGUCAGAGUCCGAAGGGACUCCUACCAAACAGGGUAGCAUAAGCAAGUCCAACAGCCUGGAGAAAAACGAGAAGAGGGUUCAGGCCUUGAACAACAUCAAUCAAAGCAUGAAGAAGGCCACCCCACCCAUUCCAUCCAAACCACCAGGAGGUUUUUCCAAACCAACAGGCAUGGUGAAUGGUUCGGUCAAAAUGAGAAAUGGCGUUCGUCAGUUGGCAGUGAGGCCUCAAUCAGUGUUUGUUUCCGUUCCUGCCAAGGAAACCAACCUCCUUUCAUGGUCCCUGCGGAGAAACGAGUCCCUGAACUCCACCGACCAGCUCAGGUCUGGCGUGCCAGUCAGACGGAACUCCUCCUUCAGUGCCAUAAAGCAAACCGACAAGGUGGGCAUGGGCAGCACUGAUGCUUUGGAAAGAGCCUCUCAGAGAAAUGGGAUCCCGGUAUCCUCUGUCAAACCCAAGCCUGUUGAGAAGUGCCAGCUCAUACAGAACAAUCUCAAAGAUGUUUACGUUUCCAUAUCCGAUUACCACGGAGAUGAGGAGACUAUGGGAUUCCCAGAAGGGACAUGCUUGGAAGUUCUUGAACGGAAUCCCAAUGGAUGGUGGUACUGCCAGGUUCUGGACAGUGGUGGACAUCCCCAGAAAGGCUGGGUGCCUUCCAAUUAUUUAGAAAAAAAGAACUAAUAGUGUAUCUAUUUAUACAUAACAUGUACAUUUUUUUAAAAGACUUUGGACUACACUACAUAGUAUAAGAAAAAAGACACUUUUAGUGCUGGUCUACUAAAAAAACAAUGUAUACAUUAAAACUGUAUAAAUAGUCAGUCAUAUAUUAUAAAUAAAAAAGGAUGGCAAGCAGGCUAAGGGGUGGCCACCCCAUUGUCUCAAACUGGGACUAGCGGAAUGGAAACCUGCUUAGAAGUCCUUUUUGAUUUUGAUAAAGGAAAGGAAAAAUAAUUGCAUUAUGAAAGAGGAAAAAAAAUGAAUGACAUUUUGGAGGAGGUUUAUGAAAUCUUCCAACCUUGUUCACAAAACGAAUUCGGAUAUGAAAAUGGGUGCCUUUUCUGGAAAAGAAAAAAAGCGGAGAGCUUUACACAUACAUACUGAGUAAUGUUUUUGUAUUUGUGCCAAAGGCCUUUGUGUGUUGAACACCGCCCAAUUUUCUUUUUCGCCUCCCUCGUAUCAAGAAAAUAAUAUAAUCUUUCAACCAGAGGAAAUGAGUUUAGAAGCAAAAACAUCCAAGUAAAGAAAAUGUCAGACCUACGCGCUGAGGACUUCUAAAACAAAAAGGGUAAACGCGGCACAGUGGAAGCCAGGACACUCAACUCCCUUGAGACAUCUUGUAUUUUAAACUUUUGUUUGUAUCUUUCUUGACUUCCUUGGAGAUGUAUUUCUGAUCUAGUCUUGUGACACCACACUGCACUAUCAGCCUGGAAUUUGAAGUCAUUAGCCCUGAGGCAGGUUUUUGCUUUAAUUAAUUGGUAAAUACUUUAAUUGGCUCAGGUUUUGAAUGUUAAGACCUUUUUUCCAGUGCAAAUGUAUGCAUUUUUUUUUACUUGACUUUCAAUUAUUUGAAUGGCAUUAAUCUAUUCCCAGUUGAAUGUGUUAUUUUAAAAGAGGAACAUUUUAAAAAGCAAAUUGCUGAAUCUGUUUUUAAAAAAAGGAUAAACAUUUAUUAAAUGUAUUAAUUAUUGCAAAACGUUUUAAGUGUUAUUCACGUUUCCCUCCAAUGCCUUUUAUUUUUUAACAGGAAUCGAAUUCUACCAGCCCCCAGGUCUGAGUACUUGUACUCCAAAUCCUGAUUUUGUUUACAAGAUAUAAAAGAUAUAACCGUCAUUAUUUUUUUUACUAGUAUAUAUUGUAUAUAUACUUUGUAUAUAUUGAUUUUUUGUGUGUUCUCCUCACAUGUAACUGGGAAUGGGAAAACUAAAUUUUACUGGAAAAAAGGCUUGACAACAACCACCAUAACCCAGGGAUUUUGCGUUGCAUAAAAUCCCAAAAUGUGAUUCAACCGGAGGUGUAAUUUUAAAUAAACCAUUUUGCAGCUUUGAAUUGGCAAACAUAAAAUACUGAUAAACACCCACUGGGUUACACAAAUACAAACAAAAAACCCUUCUUAUGUUUACAGCUAGAAACACUUGAGCACACAUUGCGAGACAGGGUUAGAUUCAAGUUGAGCAAUAAAUACUGUUGUGUGCAACAUUAAGGUGAGAAUGACCAAAGUAUGAAGUAUUUGUGGCACAAUGACAGUAAUUUAGUAGUCAUGCAUAUUCUUUAUCAGGUCCCACCCUUAUUUGUGAAAUGAAAACAAAUCCAGGAGACUCCAGCAGAUGCUGGUUUAAACUGGACAUAUACUGGUAUCAACUGGAGUACUGCUGGUUUCACUGGUGUUUCUACAGAAUCCCAUUGAAAGCCAGCAGAUGGAGAGCUCACAUACAGGGUUACUUUCCUUUCUAUCAGUGACAUGCCUUCUGCUGAGGUACAAAACCCCGCUGACUACUUCAAAUGGCUGAUGUCCAAGACUGCUGAAAUAUUUUUCUAAUGAACAAUCUCAAAACCCGGGUUGAACACUAACUUUGUUUGUUUGUAUGUGUUCUGCUGGACAGUAUUAAAUGUAGUUUUAGAUAGAAUACCUGCUAGAUUGCAGUUAUAUUAUAUUGGCAGAAAGUAGUUUGUAGUGUGAUUACACAGGAACAAUAAUGAUGAAUGAAGUGGUUCAUUAUUUGUGAAUUAAUGCACUUUAAAAACUGUUUUUUUUAAAAAUCAAGUGCAUUACUUAAAGAUGCAGUAUAAUAUUUUUUAAAUAAAACCUUCAGCACAUUAUUUAUUGAAUGACAAUUCAUAUUUUAUUUAUAAUUAUUUAAAUAAAUCUAUUUUCUGUUUACUUGUUACAUUUUUUUUUUUUUAGCACUAUCCGUCACAAGAGUAUUGUGCGUUCUUGUAGAGCAUUAGUAAGUAGGAGUUUUCAUUAGGGCUCAGAUAUAAUGUCAUGCAUUUAAUAUAUAUAUACAUACAUACACACACCGGUAUAUAUAUAUCUCCAAUCUCGCUGAAAUAACAUUCUGAGCGCCCUCUUGUGGUGGACAGCUGUUCCUGCAGCUUUAACAUCAUGGUGCUUCUAUUACUAAAAACAAAACAAAAAUCCCUGUAAAUAAAUUGAAUAUAACAUUUUUAAAAAAGCAAUUCAAAUAGAUGUUUUACAAAUUUGGCAACCAAAUUUUUUGCUAAAAAAAAAAAACGUUUUUUUUUUUUUUUGGUGUUUAAUGUGAAAUGACUGUUCUGACGCUGUAUACUGCAACUUUAACAAUACUGGGCACUUCCUAUGUCAUUAUUGGGAUUUAUAUAAUGCUUGAAAUAUGUUUUCUUUUCUUUGUUUUUAGGAACAAAACAACCCCCUUUACGUUAAUUCGGUAUUUUGACAAUUUAGACAAUACUUUUUAGAUUUAUAAAAAGACAUUACAAAUAAUGUUCUCAACCUCGAAUGAAUUGAAAAAGAAGCCCUUUAUUGUUGUUUCUUAUCGCAACUUUUUUUAGCUGGGGAAAAAACAUUUAGAAAAACCAUAAAUGGAGCACUAUUAAUAUUGAUUAGUUACAGCUAAUCUUAUUAACAGUUCAGCAGAUUAGGACAUAGAGUACAAGGAGGAGUUAAAAAAUACGCAAAAAAGGGGGUGUAAAACAUUGUUCCUUCACCUGUACCCUUUCCCCAUGUUCUGACGAAGGCAUUAUAUAAAAAGUGUUGAAUCACUCUUUUACUUUUUAGUACAGCAAUUAUUAAUGGUAAUGAAAUUGCUUUUGUUGAUAUUUAGAAUUUACAGUGCUUGUCUGCAUCGAUAAGAACACAAGAGAAUUGUAAUAUUACAGCUAGACUUUGUCAUACUAGUUAGUUUUUUUUUUUUUUUGUUUUUCUUGGUAUUUUUUAUUUUUAUAUGUAUUCAUAUUCCCCCUGUUGCAUUAUCUCAAUAAUUAUGGUUUUUUUUGUUUUUCUCAGUGUUUUGUAUGCUCCACAAGACAUAAUACUGAGGACAUGUGCAAUAGAGAGUUGGCUUCUCACCACAAAUAUCAGCACUGGUUUCUGGAAAGGGAGCUUAAUGAACUUGGCACGAGUACAGUGAAGUGUUUUUCUCUCUUUGAAAUCCAGAGAAAAGCUGCUCUGAAUACUGGUUUUGAUGUUAUCAUCUAUGUGCCGUUAACCAAAAGUAUUUUAUGAGAUACUUACAAUGUGUCUGAACUGAAGCAGGUAACACCAGUGCCCUAAGCACGUCCAAUACUUACAAUGUGUCUGAACUGAAGCAGGUAACACCAGUGCCCUAAGCACGUCCAAUACUUACAAUGUGUCUGAACUGAAGCAGAUAACGCCAGUGCCCUAAGCACGUCCAAAUACUCUAUUCAGAAAAACAUUUGAUUCAUUUAGAGUGAAAUACAAUAGCUCUUCUUGUUUUUGGAAUGCCUCAGGUAUACAAGGGCAUUCAACAAGCAUAUUUCCAACCCUCUUUAUCUAUACAAAAUGCACAAAACAAAUACAGCUGUAUCUCUAAAUCGGCUCUUAUUGCUUGUGUCACAGACCUACGGCGAGCACUUAUCCUGCACUACAUUGUGUAACAUGACGUAGUCCAGGAUCAGUGCUUAUUGGGUCUGUGACACAAGCAAUAAAAGCAUAUUUAGUGAUACUGAUACGUAGCGUUUGGUUUGCAAUGUUAAAGGCAUGGAGGUGAUAUUCUCAAUGCAUCGAAAGAAUAUUACAUGCAACGCAGUCCUAUGCAUUUAAGUGUGCUAAUACUUCAAACUAAAAACAUGCAAAACUACAAGCAAAUGUUAAAUCUCGAUCAUGCAACAACUGUGGGUUCAAGCAGACUGUUCCUUUUUAUGUCCUUGCCCUUGGUUGAAAAAUCAGUUAUAUCUUGCAAUCAAUAGCCAACUCAUGUGCACCAUACUCAAGGCACGCCAGUGCUAGACCGUGGUGAGAGCCCCCUGCUGUUUGAUUAAAUAUCUGCUUUCUUGGCAUCACAAUGGCACUGGGUAGACCUUAAUUGACAAAAGUGAAGUCUUAGCAGCUGAGAGGCAAUGGUUUCAUUCACCAUUGUGCUGGAAGUACACAGCAGACCAGCUCUGAAACUGGUUUAACACACAGUAAUGUAAAGACCUGCCAGAACAGCAUUGUUAAAAAGCAACAUUAAAAAAAGAGGAAAUCAGCAUACAGUUAUAAUGCUUCUGCACAUGGAAUCUAGAAAUGUAUACUAUUAGGAGUUUAGAUUAACCUUUACAAUAUAAAUGCAGAUAUUUUUUAUACUGUAUCAAAUUCAGUAAUUUAAUUCAGUAGCCUAGAGAACAUUUGUCCGUUAGCAGUUGUAAGUUGGUCGUAGAUUUUUUUUGGAGCGUGCACGUUUUGCCUUAGUUAGAUGUCUUGAGUUCGGCAUACAUUACAAUCCCUGAACGUCUGCCAUUGAUGACAUUACACUACUGCAGGCAUAACUGCCAUGUUAUUUUGAAAUACCAUUCCAGCAAGAAUCCACAGCGAAAUGAACCGAGACUUUGAACUUUGAUUGGUUUGAUAGUGUAUCAGUGACUGUGCAAGAGACAAGGGUAUGAGAGUGUGUUGUGGUGGUUUGUGAGCUGGUUAUAAAUGAGAAAGAAGAAGUUAAAAAGAUGCGUUUGAAUAACGGGGAAAUAAAGUUUUUGUCCUCUGUUGGGUGCGAGGGCUCUUAGCAGGGAUUCGCCUGGCUGAAGAGAGCUUAGCAAGUGCAAAGAAUGAGAUCGCUUUAAGAGGGACGCUGUGCGUCUGAAGGGUUAGCAGUGUUCGCACUUGCCUCCAGAAAUGUCGUGUGAGAGACAGCAGGAUGUGUGUCUGUGUGUGCGAGCAGUGGAAGAGUGAGGGGGGGUUGCAGGUUUUUAAUUUUUGUUGAAGGAAAAAAGUAAAUUGUAGAAAGAAUUGAGAAAGAAAGAAAAAAAGAAUGUUUAAAAGAAUACAGGCCUUGGAUUUAAAACAAUGUGGUUGAAUAGUGUUUAAUGCUGAACAAUGGUUAGUCAAGAAAAACAUGUUAGCUUGACACACACAAUACCUUUCACUGAGUAAACUGGUACACGCAUGCCAUUGGCAGACGGCUCUCAUUUUAAUCUUAUUAAAAUGAGACAAUCACACCAGUAAUUCACUUGGCUAGCUAUUUCAAGGGUUAACUGCUUGUCAUUUUGAUGCUGUAGAUAGUUUCCCAGUUUGGCAAUACCAAGGUACUAUGCAUUUUAUAAUAGACGCUGUGCUCCUUACACAAAAUAGACGACUCCUAGAUAAUAUCUGCUUAAAAAAAGAAGUACACGUCGAGCACAUCAGGUAUCCUCAUACAGGAAGUGCUAUAUUCUGUUCCAUUGUAGGCAUUGCACCUUACUCUGCUAUACUGCAGGAACUUGAAACCAUUCCGUCUCAAUGUUGAUAAACAGAGGCCUCUACCUGUAAGUCUUCAAGAAAAUGCUUUCAUUGUCAAGGUUGUCUGCUCCCAGUCUGUCAGCUCCAUAAGGUCAAGCAGCGUGACUCAAGUCGGACCAAAUGUGACGCUAACGAUCUUAUUUGUAUGAAAAAAAAUGCUUUAACAUCUUGUCUAUGCUUAUGCAUCUGUGCUUUGUUUUAGAAGAUGCGGUUCCUGUUGGCAAAGCAACAUAAAGAAAGGAAAUUGAUGCUGGUUUUAUUUGUUGAUAAUAUAAGGAGGACCAGGCAGAGAACUUGAGUUUCAGUGCAACUUUGCAAUCUUCAGAAAAACAAUUCUUAUGAUAUAUUGAGUGCUUAAGUAAAAAAACAAAAAAAACAAUGAUAAUGAGCUAUAGAACCCCAUAAGAUAAUCCAAUGACACUGAACAAUGACUGCAUCAUGAGGGAUUCUAUAAUAAGUGUUCAUUUUCACAGUAGUAUACUGAAGCAGUUUCAGAACUGUAACCUGCUCUGUGCAUUGGAAAGCUUGAUUCACGUUUUCAUUUGAUAACAGGACACUGCAUAUUUGAAUUGCUUAUAUACUUUUAACAUUUUUGUUUUGUUUUGAAUUUUUUUUAUAUUUUGCUAAAUGUUUACAUUGUAUCUUGCAUUGCCCUAAAGAAAACCACAAUAAAAGGUAUACUAUUUGUA